AUGAUGCGGCUCGCCACGGUGCUACUGAUCCAGAUCUGCCAUGGCUGCAGCUAUUUUGAGGUGAACACCAGCCUUGGGACAAAGGUCAUGGGCCACACCAUGGAAUUUGGUACUUUCUUCGGCGUGAUUGACUGGAAGAUCUCCGUCUUCCCACGGAAAGCUUCAGUGGUUGUGAGCGGUGAGGGGACACCUGCCGUGACUCUUCGAGGUCCUUUUGGCUAUGUGGGCAUGAGUUCUCAUUCCUUUGUUGCUGACGGCAUGAACGAGAAGGGUCUCAUUAUCUCGGUACAGACAUUGUAUCGUUCGGACUAUCAGCACUGCAAUCCCUUGUCAAAAGAGCAUCUACAACCCGGUACCGGGGCGAUCUGCAAACACGCACUGGUCCAUUGCGGAUGCAGAGGGCAACUCAAUCGUUCUGGAGUAUGA